ACACCUGCCUCAGACCAGAGCUCUGUGCGGGUGACGGCGCACGCAUUCCCUGUGUCCCCACCUGUCUUGGACGGAGCAGAAGCCACACCUGCCAGACCAGUGCCACCGGGACAGCUGCUGGUGGCCCGCCCCGGGGAGGGAUACCUGCUGGGUGAAGCACAGGCCAGGCUGGGCCUGGAGAAGAGGAAGCAGACACCGCCAGGGCGGGGCAGCCCAGGGCCUUGGAGCCCAACCUUGGCCGGCGAGGAGGACCAUGCCCAGGACCCGCUGACCCCCGGCCACCAGCUCAGAGACAUGUCAGGCCAGCAAGUGUGGCACACGGCUGUGCCACCCCCUCGCCGGAGCAGCUCCACAGCCUCGAUGCCCAGGUCCCCCAGCUCGGCCAGCAGCCCCAGGUCCCCUGGCACCCCUGGCUCGGAGAAGGUGGCCUCCCCCCUGGAGUGCUCCAUCUGCUUCUCAGGCUAUGAUAACAUCUUCAAGACGCCCAAGGAGCUCUCCUGCACCCACGUCUUCUGCCUGGAGUGCCUGGCCCGGCUGGCGGCUGCUCAGCCUGUGGGCCGCCCUGGCGGUGAGGCUGUACCUUGCCCCUUCUGCAGGCAGCCCACGACCGUGCCGCCUGCUGGAGCCCCCGCGCUGCGCACCAGCCGCCAGCUGCAGGCCCGGAUGCCAGCGCAUUUGCGGCGCGAGGAGCCUGUGUGGCUGGAGGGCACCAAGCUGUGCUGCCAACCACUGCCCACCACACCUGGCCGCAAGCCCAGUUUCGUAUGCGUGGACGUGGGUUUGAGCAAGCCUGCUGAGCCGCCUGCGCCCGCCCGGGACCCUGCCCCCCGCCGGGGCCGCCUGGCCCGCUGCUGGGCGCGAUGCCGGGACUGGAGGCGCAUGGCACUGGUCUCUGCCCUGCUGCUGGUGCUAUUCUGCGUGGCACUUUGGCCGGUGCAGUGUGCACUCAAGACCGGGAACCUGCGCUGCCUGCCGCUGCCUCCCCGGCCCCCGGCCACCACCACAGCUGCCUCCCCCUUCGGGCCUCUGACUGACAACUAGAGCCACCAGCCUCUGCCCAGGUCAGCCGCCCUCACCCAGCUCCAUGGGGGGUCCCCCACUGGGGGGCCCAAGGACGCAGCAGCCACUGGAAGUCGGUCCCCGAGGACGUGAAAGGAGCCGGGCAUCUCUGAGGACUCCACCGGGGCCCCACCAAGACCAGGCUCCAUUUAGCUUGUCCACCUCUCACUCUCCAGGCUGGGUCCUGAUGGGGUGGACAAGAGGGUCCCCAAAGCCUCCAACAGCCACAGGCUCACCGGGCGUGGUGGCUCACGCCUGUCAUCCCAGCACUUUGGGAGGCUGAGGCGGAGAGAUCACUUGAGGUCGGGAUUUCGACACCAGCCUGACCAACAUGGUGAAACCCCAUCUCUACUAAAAAUACGAAAAUUAGCCGGGUGUCGUGGCGGGCGUCUCUUAGCUACUCGGGAGGCUGAGGCAGGAGAAUUGCUUGAACCCGGGAGGCGGAGGUUGCAGUGAGCUGAGAUUGCACCACUGCAUCCAGCCUGGUGACAGAGCGAGACCCUGUCUCAAACAAAACAAAACAAAACAAAACGAAAAAACAGGCUGGUACAGGAAGGGCCCAGGACAGCAGCUGGCCAGCGUCCCUGCCACCCACACACACUGUGAACUGCCUGCCAGGGAAGACCCUUGCCAAGAAGGAAGGGGCCCUGCCAUGCUUCCACUCGUGCUGACAUUUCCCCACAGGGCUGGUCCUGCCGUUGGGUGGGGGUGCUCGUCUUGCCCCUCGGACUGUGGGGAGAGAGUGGAGGCAGGGCAGCCCCCAGUGCCAGGUAACCACAGAAACUUCCAGCUGCGCCUCCAACCCUUGUGAAUUGUACCUUUUAAAAUAAAUUAUUUGUAUCCAUCUU